AUGACUUCCCCAUUUAUAAUUAUAUGUUUCUGGCAAGGAAGCAGUGUAGAACUAGAUCAUGUCUGUGAAGUGGCUGAAAGCUUCAGGCUUAAAAGGCUCCAGAUGGAUAUACCUUGGUACCUUCUGAGUGUCCUUGUUUUGAGCAGAUAUUGUGCUUCAGUUUGUGGUCUGCUUACAGUGCAAACCAUAAAAUCCAGCUACACAGCUGAGUAUGAAGGUGAACUCAACAUGGAGUGUCUCUUUACAGUAAAACACAUCACAAAUUUUGAGGAUAUGACUGUUAUAUGGAAACACAGUGUACAACAAGGGAGCAGUUCGGAUAUUGCAAAAUAUUCCAAUGGAAAGGAUGUGGAAAUUCUACAAGACAAAGAAUAUAGAGAUCGAGUGAAGCUCUUAUCAGAUGAACUGAAAAUGGGCCGUACCAUUUUGAGGAUCAAUAAUGUAAAGAUGACUGAUGCAGGACAGUAUCUGUGCAUUAUAGAUUCUCAAGGAUCAGAUUUUAAAGAAAUCAGUCUGGAAGUACAAGCUCCAUACAAACAAAUAAACACAAAGGUCACAGAUGUGGUCACAUCUUCAGGACAGACAAUGAAGGAGCUCUCCUGUCAGUCUGUGGGAUAUCCAAAGGCUGAGGUCACGUGGCUGAGUAACAGUGGGAAUAUCAGUGCAAUCAACAAUAUUAGCUAUAUAUACACUGCUGAAGGACUAUUUAAUAUCACCAGUGUGAUCAGAAUCUCUUCUGAAGCUAACAAAACGUUCACUUGCAUAUUUUGGAAUAAUGCACUACAGAAUUCAUCUUCACAGUAUUUUACCUUCCCAGAAAUCAGCAAUGAAAGACAGCAUGAAUGGGUAUUUGCAGUUGUUAUUAUAACGUUAUCAAUUGUAUCAAUUCCCAUUUUGAUCUUUUUAUACGGCCACCACAAAGGUCAUUAUAAUAAGAGAACUACAGAAUAUAACAGCAUACAAUUAGGUGAGACUCUCAGUAUAGACAACUCUGCAUCAGCUAAAAGCAAUUAUUCUGGAUACAGUUCUGAGCAUGAUGUUAUUGAUGUUGGGAAUACAUAGCACAAGACUCCAGCUGAAAACUCCUUAAAGAUGGCAAAAGUUAAAGCAUAAAAAAGAAGUUAACAUUUGCAUCUAAGCACUUUAUUGAACCAUAAUGGUUACUUGAAAGAUAUUUUUUUCUCUGGCAGGUCCAGAACAUUAAAAACAUAUUUCUAUUU